AUGAAGGCUUGUUGGACCACACACUGGACUAGAUUAGACGCAGAGAUCGAACGUCCAUCAGGAAAGUCUCUUUCCAAUGGCGCCCUUUGCGAUAGAUGUUGCACGUCGAGAGGGAUUUAUGGCUACUUUUGUCACUUUCCCCUCUUCGCUGAGUAGACGUUCUUGGCCUUUUGUCGUGUAGCACGGAAGAUGAAACACCAUAUGACUGAAGAAAAAAGUAGACACAUUAUUUACCUUUCGAGAAGAGAGCAAGCAAAAACAUUGUCGAAAAAUGGUCUCUAAUUUGAUCUUUCGAGCAACGAGCGCGCACCGAAGGACGGACCGCGGCUAGGUGGAACGCGAUUCGGUUAUUGGGACCCGGAGUUGAAUAGGUUGGCCGAAGGAGAACGAUAUUAUCACAAUCACGAGGGCAAGUCCGAGUAUUAUGAUCAGUGUUUAUCCGUGUUUCUCGCAUCUCGGUACCAUUUUCCCAUAGAGUACAUGGGAAAAGGUACCGAGAUGGGAGGACCGUGAUGGAUUCCGGCACACUCUAAAAGUACACGCACUGUUGGGGAGCAUCGGAGAAGGAUGGAAAUAUCCACGAAGCCUGCAGCAAGGAGUGCGAUAAACCUGCUAGCAUGUUCGGCUCCGCAAAAAAAUUUAUGCUACGUGACGAUCAGAUGGGUAGGAAGGUUCCAACUAGAGAAUCCCCGAACAACGGACUGGAGAACACGGACAAAGAUUUCUAUUGCGAAUAUUGUUGCACUCAACAUGCAGAAAAUGCUGAAGGAGGAGAUCGUUCAGCGGCUGGAGGUGGAGCGUUUUUACAGAAGCCGCACGAAACGAUCAAACCCAUGACGCGCCGCUUUCGGGGACGUAUGAUUUUUGCUCUUUGCUUCUUCCUUUUUGUUCGUUUGUUUGUUUGUCUGUCUGUUUGUUUGUUUGUUUGUUUGUUUGUUUGUGUUUUUCGUCUCUGGCUAUCAACAUGUGUUGGACAAGUCUUUAGUAGAGAAAGGAAGUUACAUUUUGUUGUUCGGACGUCUACAUUUGCCUCCGAUCAAAUUUAUGUUUUAGACAACUGCAAGAGCAUAAUUGUCAUGGAGGAAAUUGAAAAAUUGUGUCAAGAUAUCAUACUUAAGUAUAGUUUUUAGCUCUCGUCUAUUGCUACCCGUAUGGUAUUAUUUCUCAAUGUUUUUGUUUCAGUGUAGUUCGUUCUAUCAUGCUUGCAGCAACAUGAUCAUUUUUACCCUUUAUUGAGUACAUCCUCAUCAUCCUCAUGCAACACAGUGCUUUUCUAUCAUACAUUGGUCCUCGGAGGGUAAGGGUUGUUCCUACCCAAUCCUAUACUAUGAAAAAAACUAUAACUCCUAAUAUUCUGUCGCCCUAUACAGCUACUGCGAUGGAUUGGGAUGAAGCUACUUUUGAGAGUUUGGCUUUGGACCUAGCCGCGUUAUUAUCGGAUGCCUUUCCCUCGACGUCUGCGACCACGAAUAUUGUGCUGCUCUUUGUGUGCGCCAUGAUCCUGCUUACGGGGGUUUUUAUUUACGCGGCGGGUUUUUGCCGGAGAAAUACGGCUGCAAGAAAGAACAGUAUUUUUGAAGGUGAUUUCUUUUUUGUUCGUUUGAAGAUAUAAAGUAGUAAACACGUGCACUAGCUAUGCACCUCCUAGUAUAGUAACACGAUCAACACGAAGAUCAACUCAGGAUCAGUCUAUCAAUUAUUCUGUGUGAGUUGUAGAGUUGAGUAUAAUGUUUCACUUUUUUUAUAAAAACACUAGAUCUGUCGACUUUGGGACAAGAGGGACCGAAGUAUGAGGCAGAGGCGGCACCGACAGUGCAGGCCGAGCAAACUACUGCGCCGAUCGAAGUGCAUCCAGACAUGGAAACUUCCUCUAUCUUGGUGCGGCCUGACAUCAAGACGAAGCGGUUUAUCACAGCGCCAGCAGGCAGCGACGAAGAUGCAAGUCACGAGAAGGAUUACGGUGCCUUGGAAUGUACUUUAUUGCUAUAGAUGCAGAAAUUCUUACCUCUUUCCAUCGUUAUUGGGUUCGCGACAAUCCACCGCUCACACCACGAAGGUAUUUGUGAUAUCCGUCAAAAAACAAAGUCGCGAAGAAGAUCAGCUUUCUUUUGCAAAAUUUUAGGUUCAUCUUCCGAUUUAUUGGAGGCGAAGGCGAAGCCGCGAGAUUGGAGGACUAAAGAGGAGCAUGUCUGACCACGGCUCGAUGGUGCCUCACCAAUCUGUGACUACCUAGAAAUGUUCAUAUUGGUUUUGACUAUGUGGUGGUGGGAAAAGAUGCUUCUAUCUUGGCUUAUUUGGAAAUUUGAACAGGACAAAUACCUCUACUAGAACUAAGCAUGCUAUGAUGAUAGAUAACAGUAAAUGAACCAACGGAAAGCAUUCAUGUUACUUAGAGUCCAUAGUUGGUAGAUUUUUUCACUCCUAUGUUCAGGAAGUGCUAAUGUCAGGAUUUUCGAGUAUUGUUCUCAAAGAAAUGGUAAUAGCGUUUAUCUCCUCUAUCAAAUAAUUUCAGUGAAAGAACAUGAUAAAUAAUGAGCUCUAGUAUAAUUUUCAGAACAUAUUGACCGAGCUCAGAGUUCAUUCAACGCACAAGUGGAUAAGCCAGAUAGUUUUACUUCGUUAUAUCACAGCAGCCAAGAUGUGAGGUAGAACAAUAAGACAAUGAGAAAUGCUAGAACAAGCAACCAACCAUCAUGAUUAUUUCGAAGGCAGAAUUCAUUAAUUUUCUAAGGUGUUUAGAUUGUUCGAAGAACGAAGGUGUUUGAAGUUCACCGCUGUGUGUUUGCUGUGUCCAAAUUUUAGACAAGACAAUGACAAGAGUCAAUGCCUGAAUUAUCCUGUGCGUACUAUACGAGCUUGCUCAUAGUCAGUGUUUACUCGUUUUACACAAAUGCCUAGGUCGUUAUCCUUCAUUGAAUCACAAAACAAAAAACGAUGAACUCCCCCAUCGUGCACAGUUUGACUCCCCCAUCGUGCACAGUUUGACUCCCCUAUCGCGCACAGCUUACGCCAUCAGUAGCCUUACUGAAUAAAUAACUCUGCCAUCACCUAGAUACUGCUAGUCGCCUUACUAACUAUGAAAAUACGCAACGCUUUGUACAGUUUCUUGCAUAGCUGAAUGCGAAUUUUCAAAACACCAUCGAGCACGCCAAGUGACGACUCUCUCUACUUUGAUGCGUGUGUAGCUAUAGGCGAGCAAAUGAACAAUAACAAAGGGAGGAGACCGGG